UCCAAAAUAUAUGGACUUGAUUAUUUUCUUCCGACCUUUAUGUGAUGGCUGGCUCUUUUUUCAGUGCCCUCGGAGUUCUCUUUACUUUGUAGAACUUUAAUGCUUUUUAAGCACUUGUCUGCUUUCCCCUUGCUCUUAAACACAACGCAACGCUCUCAUCUCACUGGAACGAACAAACAAACUUCUGCUCAAAUUUGGAGAUCAGAACAAGAAAAAUAAGGAAAUAAACCGCUUGAGAUUGAGGAGAUCAGAUAUGGGAUCUGGGGCCGGAAGCUUCUUGAAGGUUGUACUUAGGAACUUUGAUGUUCUUGCUGGGCCUGUGGUUAGUCUUGUCUACCCUCUAUAUGCCUCUGUUAGAGCAAUUGAGACCAAGUCUCCUGUUGAUGAUCAGCAAUGGCUCACUUACUGGGUUCUUUAUUCUAUGAUUACUCUUAUUGAGCUCACCUUUGCCAAAGUCAUUGAAUGGAUUCCUAUCUGGUCUUAUGCAAAGCUGAUUUUUACAUGUUGGCUAGUCAUUCCAUACUUCAGUGGUGCUGCAUAUGUUUAUGAGCAUUACGUGAGACCUUUCUUUGCCAACCCUCAGACUAUUAACAUCUGGUAUAUCCCAAGGAAGAAAGACAUUUUCAGUAAGCCAGAUGAUAUUCUUACUGCUGCAGAAAAAUACAUUCAAGAGAAUGGGACAGAUGCAUUUGAGAAGCUCAUUCGCAGGGCAGACAAGUCCAGGCAUGCAAAUGAAAACUCAUUCUCCGAUUAUGACAGUAGGUAUUGAGCUUCAUAGCUUGCUUUUUGUGGACUGUAACCUAGGUACUUGCUGAGGGAAAAAGGUGAAAAUGUUAUGUGUUACUGGAAUCAUAUUUUGUUGCCGAUGGUUGACUGUUUUCAUAUGCAGUUCUUGGUUUCUAUAUCUGUGCUAAAUGCUAUAACAUUAAGUCAUGUAAUUAUUAUGGUUUGUGCUGUAGUUUACAAAACUUAAAUAUGGUAGAUGCUAAAUUUGCGUUA